UCGCUUACACAUUCGCACACUCACUUACACUUUCUCACCCUUUUCUUUUUUAAAUCUCUGAAUACUAAUGAUAGGAGUACAUUUCAUAGAUGAUAAAUACACCAAAAACCCCACUCAAUUCUGUAAUCUGUACAGAAAAGAAGCAAACUUUUUGCAGCAAAACAGAUAAAGAAAUUUAAUGGGGUGGAAGGGAAUUCUGGGUUUUGAGUAUGGAAUCGUUCAGGCCCCACUGGGCCCCGACAUUUCUGGUCCCGAGCUUGUUGCUGCUGUUGCUAAUGCUGGUGCCAUUGCCCUUCUUCGAGCCCCUGAUUGGGAAUGCCCUGAAUAUGUGAGGGAGAUGAUAAAGAAGACUCGGAGCUUAACUGACAAACCUUUUGGUGUCGGCGUUGUUAUAGCAUUUUCUCAAGAGGAAAAUCUGAAAGCUAUAAUAGAGGAGAAAGUUGCAGUACUGCAACUGUAUUGGGGUGAAGUAUCAGAGGAGCUUGUUCGCAGAGCUCAUGAUGCUGGUGUCAAAGUUGUUCCCCAAGUUGGGAAUAUUGAAGCAGCAAGAAGGGCCAUCAAUGUUGGAGUAGAUGCAAUCAUUGUACAAGGUCGUGAAGCAGGUGGACAUGUAAUAGGUCAGGAAGGAUUAGUUGCUUUGGUGCCUCGAGUAGUUGAUCUAGUUGGGGAACGAGAUAUCCCAGUUAUUGCUGCAGGUGGCAUUGUGGAUGCACGUGGCUGUGUCGCUGCUUUGGCCCUUGGGGCACGAGGUGUUGCCCUUGGCACUAGGUUUCUCGCGACUGAAGAAAGCUAUGCUCAUCCUGUGUACAAGAGGAAGUUGAUUGAAUAUUCUGAAACUGAGUACACUAAUGUAUUUGGUCGUGCAAGAUGGCCUGGAGCACCCCAGCGUGUCUUACUAACACCGUUCUUUAGUGACUGGAGAUCUCUUCCUGAGAAUGAAGAUGAGAAAAACCAGCCUGUCAUUGGACGCUCAAUAAUACAUGGAGUGGAAAAAGAGGUAAAACGUUUCGCAGGAACUGUGCCCAAUAAAUCGGCGACAGGUGAUAUCGAGUGUAUGGCAAUGUAUGCGGGGCAAGGUGUUGGCCUCAUCAAAGACAUCCUACCUGCUGGAGAAGUUGUGAAGAAGAUUGUUAAAGAAGCUCAAUUGUUGAUACAACAAAAGUUCUAGGAUUACUUAAGUUCUAGGAGGUAAACUGAUGGGCAGUUGCUAGUUGGUACUUGAUUUUUUUAUCUUGCGUAUCCAUAUAGCAUCAGUCCACACACCAUACUCCACAAGUCCACAAUAAGCAUAUCGUGUGUCGAUGUAUAAGUUAUCUUUUUGCUGAAUAAUAAGAAAUAUUUAGAGCAUCAGAACACCAACUUUAGCACAUAUCAAGAUGAAAAAACACCAAUUUUCGCAAUAAGAUGGCCAUUUUAUCUUCUUCUUA